AAUACGUUGCGUGCGCGUAGCAAUUUAACCAAGCCCCCCAACCCCUUUCCCCUCUCCCUAUCCCUAUCUCUUCUCGUCUUCCUCCGCUUCACGCCGCAAACAACCAACCAACCACUUCCUCCUCCUCCUCCUCCGCCGCCGCGAUCCCCAAUCCGAUCUCGAAAGGUAGUAGUGAAGAAAGCAAGGCAGGGCGCGCGUGAUGGCGAGGAGCUCGUUCAAGCUGGAGCACCCACUCGAAAGGAGGCAGGCUGAGGCCAACCGCAUCAGGGAGAAGUAUCCCGAUAGAAUUCCUGUCAUUGUUGAGAAGGCUGAGAGGAGUGACAUUCCUGACAUUGACAAAAAGAAGUACCUUGUUCCCGCUGACCUCACGGUUGGACAGUUUGUGUAUGUUGUUCGGAAGCGGAUCAAGCUCAGUGCUGAGAAGGCAAUCUUCAUCUUCGUCAAGAACACGCUUCCACCAACAGCUGCCCUGAUGUCCGCUAUCUAUGAGGAGAACAAGGAUGAGGACGGCUUCCUCUACAUGACCUACAGCGGGGAGAACACCUUCGGCCUGUUUGUCUGAGUGGCAGCAAUCAUCAAUUCGACAAUGCCUCGUGUAAAUAGGCAUCUAAAAAAAACCUCUGUAUAUAAUCUGGUCUAGCAGCAUGUUCCAAAUCCCUUAGCAUCUUAUUGUCAAAAACCUACCCUGUAAUCAUCAAAGCACACGGUGCUCUUAGUACAUUAACAACUGUCUGGUCUGUUCUUUCUGUUCAACAAGUUGCAUAAUUGCAUUGCUUCAGUGUUCUCUCUGAAGCUGCUAUUCUAACAAACUGAAAUC